UCGCACGGUUCGGUUUGCUCGCGGUGCAAGGUAGUGUUAUAGGUACUAACACUGCCAAGCUUUCAUGGUGUUUUUUGUUUGUUGUUGCUAACUCGCGCGAUAUACGUGAGAGUGUGAGUGUGCUUGCUGCUGCCGCUGCCUGCUGAUGUUGUUUUUGUCGUUGCUCCUGACCCCACGCGCAACGAAAGCGAAAGUUUGUUUGUUUGGCGCGCGUGUUGCCAUUGACGUCGACUUCGCACUCAACGUCACACGGCGUUCAUGAAUUUUUGCACAGACACACCUCUAGCCAGUGCCCGUGCCAGUGCCCGUCCAUAUACUACCUGGAAUAGAUUAAAAAAAAUUGAGAAAAAGAGAGAAAGAGAGAGAGAGAGAGAGAACGAGAAACAUGCUCAAUGUUUUCAAUAAGGGGGCAAUAAAUUAGAGGAAUCGUAUGCUGCCAUUCUCUGAUCCGUUCCUGUAUUUUCUCUGUGUGAGUCGUCUGUGUUUUUGUGUGUGAGAGUGCACCCCGCAAAAGAGUUUUGCCAACCGGAAAAACAACAUAUCAACAUCUCCAACACAUUCCUGUCGCAUUUCCUGAAACACUCACACGAGACGAAAUAAUGGCGCCCACGAUAUGUUCGGACAAAAAACAGUUGAGAGAUACGAGGCGGCAUCGUGUCGUGGCCAUGGCAGUCAUAUCAUCAGUCACCAAUACCACCACAUCAUCAUCAUCAUCGUCAAUGUCGUCGCCAUCGUCAGCGUCAACGUCAAUUUCAUCCUCGCCUUCAGCUGCUCCCACACAAAUCAGUUCAGUGCUUAGCUAUGUUGCCAAAGGUUCAAUAAACUCUUCAGCGGGUCGCCGACGCUUCCCCAGGCUGUACCGUAGACUGCCACUGAUCUCAGGCAGUGCCACUGUACCGCAGGCAGCCCUACGACGUGGCACUCAGGCGGAGGCCAGCAGGAGAGUGACAGCCGCUCAGUCGAAUGGCAGCCGUAGAGCGGCAGCCACACAAACAGAGCUGCAAGCAGCGUGGGGCCAAAGCGUGUCGGCAGACUCGCAACAGCAGCAUCAGCAGAUGCAACUUCAACUACUGCAACAUUCCAGCAGCGAGAACUUUAAAAAAAUAUUACAGCCCAAUAUGGCCAACAGCAGCAACAGCUGCAGUUAUAUUCACAGAGGAGCAGCAGUCACAGCCAAAAAUUGCGACAAUUCACUGGCCGGGGCGAUGCUGGAUGAUGAUGGGGACAGUGGCUAUGAGUACUCGCAGGAGCCCACCAAGGAGCAGCAACAGCUGCAGCAGCACUGCCAGCAUCAAAACAGCGACGGGUUGCUGUCCAUUGCCAUCAAGACGAUCAAGCUGGUGCAGCGUAAUAAGCUGCUGCAGAAGCGUCUCGCACAGCUGCAGCUAGAGACAUCGGAGUUCAUUGCCUCGGUGCUGGCAAAUCCCGAGAAUCGGCAGUACCGCGAGAAGAUCUCCAGCAGCACACACACCAAAACGGAAGCCAAGAACCCAUUUUUCCCGCCAGUUGUGUGUUGAACGCUGGUUUCCGAAUUGCAAUUCCAUGUGGAAUACUUCUAGCUACCUAGGUCUGUUCCAAAUAGUAUUUUCAAUGUGAAUACAAAGCUCUAAUUUAGCUUUUAUUGAAUGGUAAUAUUUAA